UUGCUAGUGGACAAUGAGGGAAUUCGAGGGGGAGCAUUUACAGAUGGGAAAUGCAAACCAAGCACCACAUCAAGGUCAUCAUAUCCUCAAUGUCAUCCACUUCUGAAGGUGGAAAGAGAGAUGUUUGUCUGUGGGAAAAGAUUUCAAACAUAAGUACGACUGGAAAAGUAUUGAGGUGGAAAUUGACAUGAAUGAGAAAGUUCUAACAAAAUGUUUUAACCAAUUACACAGCCUGAGGAAACUUAACUAUUUGCAGCAGGAAAAAAAACUGUACAUGUGUGGAUGAGGACUCAACUGAUCUUCCUACCUGGAAAGACCCAAGGACACUAGCACCAUGGAGAAACCAUGGAAAUGUGAUGAUUGUGGGAAGGGAUUUAAUUAUCCUUCCCAGCUGGAUGUACACCGACGCAGUCACACUGGGGAGAAACCAUGGAAAUGUGGGGACUGUGGGAAGGGAUUCAAUUACCCGUCCCAGCUGGAAAUUCAUCAGCGCAGUCACACAGGGGAGAAACCGUGGAAAUGUGGGGACUGUGGGAAGGGAUUCAAUUGCCCGUCCCAACUGGAAACACAUCGACGCAGCCACACUGGGGAGAGACCGUUUGCCUGCUCUGAGUGUGGGAAGGGAUUCACUAAAUUAUCCAAUCUCACAGUCCACCAGCGUGUUCACACUGGGGAGAGGCCUUUCACCUGUUCUGUGUGUGGGAAGGGAUUUGCGCUGUUAGCCAGCCUGCAGGGUCACCAACGCGUUCACACUGGAGAGAAGCCAUUUAGCUGCACUUCCUGUGGGAAGAGUUUCAGGUAUUCGUCUACGCUCAUUGAACACCAGCGAGUUCACACUGGCGAGCGGCUCUUCACUUGUACCGAAUGUGGGAAGGGAUUUACUCAGUCAUCCACCCUACUGAGGCACCAGCAGGUUCACGUUGGGGAGAGGCCAUUCACCUGCUCCGAAUGCGGGAAGGGUUUCACUCAGUUAUCCCACCUGCUGACCCACCAGCGCAUUCACACCAAUGAGAAACCGUUCACCUGCGCUCGUUGUGGAAGGAGUUUCAGACAUUCAGGCAGCCUCACUUCACACCAGCGUGUUCACACCGGGGAGAGGCCCUUCAGCUGCUCCGAGUGUGGGAAAUCAUUCACUGAGUUGUCCAGCCUCAUUUCUCACCAGCGGCUUCACACAGGGGAGAGGCCGUUCAAUUGCUCGGAGUGUGGGAAAGGAUUCACUCAGUUAUCCCACCUGCUGUCGCACCAGCGGGUCCACACUGGGGAAAAGCCCUUCAUUUGUGCUCACUGUGGAAAGUGUUUCCGGCAUUCAGGUAGCCUCACUGAACACCAGCGCACGCACACAGGGGAGCGGUCGUUCACCCCUCACAAACGUGGGAAAGAAUUUACUCAGCCGACAAACCUGGUGGUACACCAGUCCCCGCCUCCAGUUCAUUGGUUGGAGGGACAGCUGCAACCAAUUGGUUAUGCAACACCGCCCUCUUUACCUAUUGGUCUGGAGAUGCCGUCAAUCAUUCUGGACGCGGGAAGGAGUAUGCGUGGAACCGGUCUGGAGACUCCGUGUACAGCGCAUGCGCAGUCGCUGUCCGUGUCCGUGUCUCUGAUCGUCCAUGACUUGUUUCUCGAAUCCACAAAGGGUGAGAUUCAGGCGGAUCGGUGGGAGCUGCGGGUGGGCGGAGAGGUUUCAAGAGCACUUUGUGUCAGUCGCAAAUUCCGAAUAAGAAACUCCCGGUCGCACCAAAUGGAAAGACGCCUCCAGGUUUUCUACCCUCAAAUCGUGAUUGGGAUUUUGGACAUGGAGCGAAAUGGCACCAGUCACAUCUGCUCUAUGUGCGGACGAGGCUUCAGCCAACCAUCUGACCUUUCCAGGCACAUCCGCUGUCACACUGGGCAGAAAGCGUACACAUGUCCUGUGUGUGGCCAAGGCUUCACCUUAUCAUCCGGUCUGUCCCAACAUCAGUGCAGUAAGAGCCGGGAAAAGCCGUGGAAAUGUGAGGACUGCGGGAAGGGAUUCAGAAUCCCCUCCGAGCUGGAAGCCCACCGGCGCAGUCACACGGGGGAGAGGCCGUUCACCUGCUUCGAGUGCGGGAAAGGCUUCAGUCGGUCGUCGACUUUGCAGAAACACCGGCGGCUCCACACCGGGGAGAGGCCGUUCGCUUGCUCCGAGUGCGGCAGGGCGUUCGCUCAAUCAUCCGACCUUCGGACGCACCGGCGGGUCCACACGGGGGAGAGACCUUUCACCUGCUCCGAGUGCGGGAAGGGCUUCAUUCAGUCUUCCACUCUGCAGAAACACCAGCGGGUUCACACCGGGGAGAGGCCAUUCGCUUGCUCCGAGUGCACGAAGAGAUAUACUCAGUUAUCCGACCUGCUGAGACACCGGCGGGUCCACAACGGGGAGAGGCCGUUCUCCUGCUCGGUGUGUGGGAAGGGCUUCACUCAGUCGUCCCACCUGCUGAGCCACCAGCGGGUCCACACCGAUGGGAGACCCUUCAAAUGCCCACGUUGUGGGAAGUGCUUCAAAAGAUCUGGGGAACUGACGCGCCAUCAACUCGUUCACACCGACGAGAGGCCAUUCAGAUGCUCUCACUGCGCGACUGGCUUCAGGCAAUCGUCUGACCUUACAAAACACCAGCGGGUUCACACCGGGAAGAGGCCGUUCUCCUGCUCCGUGUGCGGGAAAGGGGAUUCGCAGAGUCGGCCUCCUCAAUAUCGUGGGAUUUUGAACAUGGAAAGAAAGAGCACGGCUCACAGUGAAGAGAAACCAUAUAUGUGUUCUGUGUGUGGACAAGAGUUUAGCCGAUCAUCUGACCUGUUGGAACAUAAUUGCAGUCAUGGGAAGGACAAGAGCUGGACAUGUGGGGACUGUGGGAAGGGAUUCAAUUACCCAUCUCAGCUGGAAGCUCACCGUCGUUGUCACACUGGGGAGAAACCAUUCACCUGCUCCAAAUGCGAGAAGGGUUUUACUGCCUUAUCUACCCUGGUGAUACACCAACGUGUUCACACUGGGGAGAAACCUUUUAAAUGUCUAGUCUGUGGGAAGUGCUACAAGCGUUCUGGGGAAUUGAUGGCUCAUCAACGUGAUCACACUGAUGAGAGACCUUUUAAAUGUACACACUGUGGGAAAUGCUAUAAAACGUCUGGGGAACUGAUGUCCCACCAACGUGUUCACACUGAUGAGAAACCAUUCAGGUGUUCUCACUGCGGGACUGGGUUCAAGAGAUCAUAUGAGCUCACUGUGCACCAGCGAGUUCACACAGGUGAGAGGCCGUUCAUCUGCUCAAAGUGUGAAAAGAGAUUCACUUGUUCGUCCAACCUGCUGAAACACCAGCGACUUCACACAGGGGAGAGGCCGUUCACCUGCCCCGACUGUGGGAAGGGGUUCACUCAGUUAUCCAGCCUGCAGGUGCACCAGCGAAUUCAUACAGGGGAGAGGCCAUUCACUUGCUCAGAGUGUGGGAAGGGGUUUAUCCAGUCGUCGAAAUUGCUGACACAUCAGCGAUUUCACUCUGGGGAGAGGCCAUUCACCUGCUCUGAGUGUGGGAAAGGAUUCACAACCUCUUCCCACCUGCUGACACAUCAGCGAGUUCACAAGUAGUGACAAGUGAUUUGUAUUUUGCUGGGGUUGAUGUUAAUCACAUCCAGGACUGAACCAUGUUCACUGGGGUCUGAUUUAGGUGCUGUUACUGAACUUCUUAUAAGGUCUAAUAUUCCAGCCAAAAGUCAAAUAAAUAAGCUUUGUGUUCAGUACA